AUGGCUUCUCAACCUCCCUUUGAGACAAAUUUCUCUUCGAUUUUUGGAAGCUCAUCUCCAAGAUCAACUAGUGAUAGCAAUAUGGUCACACCAACAGUCCAAACCGCACGCAUAAAGCUUCCGUUGAUCGAUCUCAGCCAUCUAACUAAUGGCGAUGAGGUCAAGCGCAAAAGAUGUGUCAAACAAAUGGUUGAGGCAGCAAUAGAGUGGGGAUUCUUUCAAAUUGUGAACCAUGGGAUUCCCAAAGAAGUCUUUGAUAUGAUGUUUCUCGAAGAAAAGAAGCUCUUUGACCGUUCUUUUUCUGAGAAAGUUCGAGAAAAUUUCUUGGACUUCUCGACUAAUUGUUACCGGUGGGGAAACCCUAACGCCACUUCCCCGGCUCAGUACUCCUUGUCCGAAGCGUUUCACAUCACUCUUGGAGAGAUCUCAAGUUUUCCUGAUGAUGGCAACAACCUCAGAACAACCGUUGGAAUGUAUGUGCAGGAGAUAGCUCGAGUGGCGCAAAUGAUAUGUGAAAUAUUGGCGAAGCAAGUGAACGUGAACCCGAAGUAUUUCAAAAAUAUUUGUGAGCUAAAAAACAGUUUUCUAAGGCUUAACAAGUAUCAUCCUCGUAUUUUUGGUUCGGAAGUGUUUGGUUUGGUUCCUCAUACCGAUACAAGUUUCAUCACUAUACUCUCUCAAGAUCAAAUAGGAGGUUUAGAAUUGUUCAAAAAUGGACAAUGGAUUGGCGUAAAACCUUGCUCUGAGGCUCUUACUGUGAACAUCGGUGAUAUGUUUCAGGCACUAAGUAAUGGAGUGUACCAGAGCGUGAGACAUAGAGUGAUUUCUCCGGUAAACAUUGAGAGAUUGUCUCUAGCUUUCUUCGUAUGUCCAUAUCUUGAAACCAAGAUCGAAUGUUUCGCGAAUCCAAAGAAGUAUAGAAGUUUCAGUUUCAGAGAGUACAAAGAGCAGAGUGAACGUGAUGUUAAAGAAACUGGUGAUAAGGUAGGCUUGUCUAGGUUUCUCAUUUGA